UUCAAAUUGAUUUCCCUCGCUACCUCUUUCUCUGGGCCUGACCUUUCUAGCCGAGCCACAAUAGCCCAUUGAACAGUUUAACUGAAAUUUACUUUUUGUCAAAAAAUGAAUUCGGAUGGCCGAGCCAGCACUGGCGCCAACGGCUCGUGUAGAUGGUGGGCGGUGGCCCUCUCUGUUAGCGAUUCAACGAAUAUUCUCGAACCCAAGGCAUCGCGAUAAAACUAAUAAACCCUAAACAAACCUCACUCCUACCAGUCCCAGCGCCAGCGGCCUUCUUUCCCAGCUUUCCUUAUCUACUUCUUCCCACUCUCAUCCAACUCCUGCAGAAGGAGAAACGUUCAACGCUCACAAUUUACAAGGAAGCGUCGAGCAACAGGAAUGGCAACUUCCAGUGCCAUCACCACCGCCUCCGUUUUCGGCUCUCCCUCGCAGGCGACUUUGAGGAGGAAAGUGACCCCGCGGCAGAACCAAAGGUUCAACUUUGGGCAAUCCACCAGGAGGUUAUCUGUCAGAGCAAAUGCUAAAGACAUUGCAUUUGACCAAGACUCGCGGAGGGCGUUGCAGGCUGGCAUUGAUAAGCUUGCUGAUGCUGUUGGGCUCACCCUCGGCCCCAGGGGGAGGAAUGUUGUCCUUGACGAGUAUGGCAGCCCCAAGGUUGUCAAUGAUGGUGUAACCAUUGCACGAGCAAUUGAAUUGCCUGAUGCCAUGGAGAAUGCUGGAGCAGCUCUCAUUAGAGAGGUUGCUAGCAAAACAAACGACUCAGCCGGUGAUGGAACGACAACUGCAUCUGUUCUUGCUAGGGAGAUCAUUAAACUUGGGCUCUUGUCUGUUACAUCUGGUGCAAAUCCAGUUUCUCUAAAGAAGGGAAUUGAUAAAACUGUUCUGGGUUUGAUUGAAGAGCUUGAAAAGAAGUCUAGGCCUGUUAAAGGUCGUGAUGACAUUAAAGCUGUUGCUACUAUUUCUGCUGGAAAUGAUGAGCUCAUUGGGACAAUGAUUGCUGAUGCUAUUGACAAGGUUGGCCCUGAUGGUGUCCUGUCAAUUGAGUCAUCCUCCUCUUUCGAGACCACUGUAGAAGUUGAAGAAGGAAUGGAGAUAGACAGAGGUUAUAUCUCCCCUCAGUUUGUGACGAACCCAGAGAAACUUAUCUGUGAGUUUGAGAAUGCUAGGGUAUUGAUUACAGACCAAAAGAUAACAGCAAUCAAAGACAUAAUUCCUUUACUGGAGAAGACGACUCAGCUGAGAGCUCCUUUGCUUAUCAUUGCUGAGGAUAUUACUGGGGAGGCUUUGGCAACCUUAGUUGUUAACAAGCUCCGAGGUAUCGUCAAUGUCGCUGCCAUUAAAGCACCAGGAUUUGGUGAAAGGAGAAAGGCCUUGCUUCAAGAUAUUGCCAUUUUGACAGGAGCUGAAUUCCAAGCUAGUGAUCUUGGGUUGCUAGUGGAGCAAACUGACAUCGACCAGCUGGGUUUGGCCAGGAAGGUGACCAUAAGCAAGGACUCGACGACCAUAAUUGCUGAUGCGGCUUCCAAGGAUGAGCUGUCUUCCAGGGUUGCACAGUUGAAGAAGGAACUGUCGGAGACUGAUUCUGUCUACGACUCGGAGAAGCUUGCGGAGAGGAUAGCCAAGUUGUCUGGUGGAGUUGCUGUGAUUAAAGUAGGAGCUGCAACAGAGACUGAACUCGAGGACCGAAAACUCCGUAUUGAGGAUGCCAAGAAUGCAACUUUUGCGGCUAUUGAAGAAGGCAUUGUCCCUGGUGGUGGAGCUGCACUUGUUCACCUGUCGACUCUCGUGCCUGCCAUAAAGGAAAAGCUGGAAGAUGCUGAUGAGCGCCUUGGUGCUGACAUCAUACAGAAGGCGUUGGUAGCUCCAGCAUCUUUGAUAGCUCAGAACGCUGGAGUUGAAGGGGAAGUGGUAGUUGAGAAGGUGAAGGAGAGUGAAUGGGAGGUUGGUUACAAUGCCAUGACCGAUACGUACGAGAACCUGGUGGAGGCUGGAGUGAUCGACCCAGCUAAGGUGACAAGGUGUGCGCUGCAGAAUUCGGCAUCGGUUGCUGGAAUGGUGCUGACAACCCAGGCCAUCGUUGUGGACAAGCCUAAACCCAAAUCACCAGCUGCUGCUGCUCCGCAAGGAAUGACUGUCUAGUCAAAGAAACAACCCCGCCCAUUUCACUUUAGAAGGAAAGUUGUAUCAUUAGUUAGGAAUUUUAUCAAAAGAUGUCUGGGGUACUUUUCCUGGCGCUGAACCUGAAGAGCGAAUAGUGCGGGUGUUUUUGUAGUGAGGAUUGUGAUGAAGCAUCUGGGAUAGAAAGGAUCGUCUUUCUCGUAGAGAAAUUUCAGAACUGGAAUCAGUUUGUAAGGUUCUAGUGUAUCGAAUUGGAGAUUAAUAAGUUCACAAAAUCCGGUGAUGAGUACUCCCCAGUUUCCAGGUUGUGUCAAUCCACAUGUUGAAUUCACCCAGAUACGAAUAUGCAGGUUAACU